GGUCACGUGAUUAACUUAACAGUAGGACGUCCCCUUCCUUCCAAGAUCCAUAACAAACAAGGCUAGUAUAAGACUUUCAGAUCGCCCAGGGACAGCAUCUUUAAGUGUUUCUUGCAUCCUCUUUUGGAGCCUGUCAAGGAUCUUGAUUUGCUUCGUGGCGUGGCUAAACAGUCUGCAGUGCUGCACGCACAGUAAUUUAAAUUGUGGUCGACUAUCUCCUGGGUUUACUCCGUGUCGAAAGGAACAUGGCACUGACCUCGUCCGACCCCGUGGCCGCGCCCGUCCACGUGGAGGACGCCAAGCCGCGCACGGCGCGCCGGAACCUCUUCGGGCCCGUGGACCACCAGCAGCUGCAGCAGGACUUCCAGCAGCUGCUGUGCAUGAGCGUGGAGGAGGCCACACGUCGGUGGAACUUCGACUUCCAGCGCGAGCGGCCCAUGCAGGGCGCCACCCAGUGGGAGGAGCUACGCUGCUGGGACGUUCCCAAGUUUUACCGCAGCUGCGUGGUGAAGGGUGGCUGCAUGGGGUCCCGGCCGGAGCUCUUCGGGGAGGAGCGGGGUCCCGGUAGCCCAGCCGCGGGAGGCUACCUGGAGAUAAAGGCUAGGGAGACGUACCGGAGCCGCAAGCCGGAGAAACGGUCAUCUGCCCCUGACGCGCUCAAACAGAAGCAGGCCGCCAUUACAGACUUCUUCACUGUGAAGAAGAGGCGACUCCUCCACCCGAAAGCCUCCACCCACCAGUAGAGACGCCUUGCAGAGACAGAGGGAAUCAUGGAGCCAUGAACACGGCAGUCUUUGUACAUAGGCCUGUGUAUAUACUUCCUGUAUAUGUAUCGAAUCUAACUGACAGUGUGAGUCCAUAUACUGUAAUAUAGGCUUCAAAAUGGCACAGAAACCCAUUUUCAACAACAAAAAAUUCCACAUGGAAACUUUCAGGGGGUCUUUUCUGCACAGUGAGACCUCAGAAUGUUUUAUUUUUUUGCAAUAUUUUCCCCACAUAUACUGUGAAAAAAGCACCUUGAUUUUUCAGAAAACAGUACAAUUUUAACAAUUAAAGGAUACAUGUCCUUUUUGCAUUCCAGAGUUUUAAACCUGGGCACAGCGCCGAAUUAAGAACUCCAUUACCCAGGCUGCAUCUGUGUCACCUGCUCAUUCUGACAGGUGCCUAACAUGUAGCGCUGUCUGACAUUUCACGCCAAGUUUAAAACUCCUGCACAAAAUUACCAGUCGACUGCAAGGUCAGAGUCUGACACUAGACUGCAUGACUGCAAAUUUACGGUGAAUUCUGGCCGCAGUUCAGACAAUCCAAGCAUCAGUGCCCUUGUAAUGCGGCCUGGGAGAUCCCACUCACAAAGUUGUGUAUAUAUAGUGUAUAUAAGAGGUAUUUUAGAUAUCCUCAUUGAUAGCUGAGCCAUUGCUCUUGACACGUACUGAAUAUGUAGCCACAGAGGCCACUCUGAACACUUUUCAGUCCCUCUAAUACGUGUCAGGGCGAAGUGGAGGGGACAGACACUGAGCUCCAAGCCACCAAACUAGAAAUGAAGAAGUUUAAGAUCACAAACUGUACAAUUAUCCCCUCCCCCUUUAAAAAAAUAAAUAAAUAAAAUUCCUUCCUGGUUAAGUUCAGGUAUCCAAAUCCUGUCAUUGUUUUUGUUUGAAUACUGACCAAGGAGUAUAAAGUGUUUUGUAGGUAUUGUACAACAGAAACUGAUAUGUAGCAUGUAGCAUGUCGCUUGUACGCAGCUUUCAUAGUAAGAUAAUUUGUAGCUUUAAAUAAAGUAUUCAUUUUAUGUAGCAGCAUCAUAUUGUAGGUUUUGAACGUUACAACAGGUGAAUGUAGUAUGGUUAUUGUCAGAAAUCGUUACUUUGUUUCCGUUCAGAAAGGUAUGAAAUAUGAACAUAACUAACAGGUUUUUUACUGGCAAUUACAGGGGAGUCUCAUAAAGUCACAUCAGAUACAGCUGUACACAAAUUUGACGACAUUUUGGGUGCAAGUUUUUUUUAAUCGAUAGCUAUCUAAAACAGGUGACCAAACAAGCUUUGGCCUUGUAGACUGACCUAACCAGAAUCACUUGAACAUAGUCUCUGGUCUCAGAUUGUUGGCUAGACACUAGCGCACGGACGGCAAAAGCUUUCGGUGAAGGCAACUUCAAAAUGUGAUUUUGCAAAAGCCUUAAAACGUCCAGUGCGAUACCAUUGAGAGUGCCGGUGUCCGUUUGUAUGAGAUUUUAACGAUAGAAAAGUGAAGGCCAGAGCAAGAAUGUCUAAUCGCAGCCAUAAUCUGGACGGCCUACCUCACCUCACUAUGGUAAUCAUGCUUUGACUUCCGUUGUGCCUCUGCUGGACGGCGUCCAGAGGGACAGGGCUGGGCACCUUGGCGCCAUUUCUGUGUGCUGUUCCGGCAGUCCAGCCGCUUAGGAGUGCAUCAGCGUCAGAGCCCGAGUGAGGAGAACUUAGAGGAAUGUUUCUCUUUUUUUCCCCACACGACAUGUGGCAUUCAGAAAAUCCUCCGUGUAGCAACAGCUUCCAAAUUAUUUUAUAAAAGAAAAAAACAAAAAAAAAAAAACAGUCAGUUCCAAAAUGCAGUAUUUCACUGCAAGUUUACAUAUUUCACCUCAAAGUAAAAAAAAAAAAAUGGAUGCGCUGAAGUUGCUUUUCAGUUCAUUUUUUUUUAUUCUAAUGUGUAUUUGUAUUUUGAGCCUGUCUCUCUGUGUUUAAAUCAGCUAUAUUUUAACUUAUUUGGAUUUUGUGUACUUCCAUGUGUAGGGAAGUAUUUGUAAACGAUUUUGGAAAUUACUGAAUGAUGUAUUACUGUACCAUCUUUGCACUACUUGUAUGCGAUGUUAACGAGUCCCUGCCUCAUGGCUUUGGGAGUUUCUGAUGGUUGAAAUUUGGAUCUUGGUCCCUCCUAAUUAGUAAGCAGAGACAUUACAGGGGCAAGAGUAGGAAGACUUGCUCGUACCACUACCUUUGUGGGGGGGAUGGUUGGGUAAAGCCGGGAGGGGCUACUGUUCAAACAAAAACAAUUUGUUGUGCAUGUUCUUUCCUUCCAGAAAAUUCCUGGUGGUAGCAGCAAUUCUACUAGCUCUCUUUAUUUUGUACUUGUGUAUUUUCAUUUUAUCAAAGCCUGUAUUAUAGACCUCUACAAUAUAUUUUCUGCUAACAAAAUAAAUGAAUAACACUUC